UAUUUUGUAAAUCUUAUUACAGUAUUAUGCUAUUAUGAUAAAAUCGUAUCGUAUUUUCUAUUUUAAGAAAGACUGAAAUGUCAAUCAAAAUCAAAAUUGUCUGAGAUAUAUAUAUAUAUAUAUAAAAUAGUAUUAAUCAUUUUGGUAUUGUGAUUCAUACAGAUAGUCUGACAGAUCGAAUUUUCAAUAUAAAACUAACCUAAAAAAAGUAAAUUUCGAACACUCAAGAUUUAUUUGACUAUAAUUUUUUCAUUUAAAUAUAGGUAAAGUUGUGAUAUUCUAUUCCAAUCAUGGAAUGGUUAUUUGGGAAAAGAAUAACUCCUGAGGAGAUGCUUAGAAAAAAUCAAAGAGCAUUAAACAAAGCUAUGCGAGAUCUUGAUAGAGAAAGAAUGAGAAUGGAACAGCAAGAAAAGAAAAUCAUUGCAGAUAUAAAAAAACUUGCUAAAGAUGGUCAAAUGGAUGCAGUGAAAAUUAUGGCAAAAGAUCUUGUAAGAACUAGACGCUAUGUGAAAAAAUUCAUGCUAAUGAAAGCGAAUAUUCAAGCAGUAUCUUUGAAAAUUCAAACUUUACGUUCACAAAAUACCAUGGCACAAGCAAUGAAAGGAGUCACAAGAGCAAUGCAAAACAUGAAUAAACAAUUAAAUCUUCCUCAAAUACAAAAAAUAUUACACGAGUUUGAAAAACAAUCAGAGAUAAUGGAUAUGAAAGAAGAAAUUAUGAAUGAUGCAAUUGAUGAUGCAAUGGAAGAUGAAGGUGAUGAAGAAGAAAGUGAUGCUAUUGUGUCACAAGUUUUGGAUGAGUUAGGCCUUCAAUUAACAGAUCAAUUGUCUGGUUUACCACAAGCUUCUGGUUCAUUAAGUGUAGCAAGUUCUAAGCAGCCAGUUGCAACUGCGACAGGAAAUGAUGAAGGUGGAAAUGUUGCAGAUGCGGAUGCAGAUCUUCAUGCUAGGCUUGAAAAUUUACGACGUGAAUAAGAAAGUAUAUUAUGUAACUGAAAUGUAUAAAAGAUGUAAAAAAAACAUUGAUGUUGUAAGCAUAAUUAAUUUUAUAAUUUGCUUUAUAUUUUAGUUAAAAGCAAACACUUUUAUUAUAGCACUUGUUUUUUAAUCACUUAUUCUUUUAAUCAAUUAAGAAUUCAUGAAUGAAUGAUAAACAAAGGCAUCUAUUUAGAUUAUGUAUUAAUCUAUAGUCUUACAUUUUUAUAAAAAAAAAAAAAAAAAAAAUGUUAACCCCUAAAAAGGGGCGUAAAACUCAUGGCGUAUGAUUACAAUGAUAUUUUUCUUAUGGAUGAAUUUUCAUAACAUAUAGAA